AUGGCCUCCCCACAGCAAAUUCGAACCACCACAACUGAUCUUCUGAAGAUCAACCACCCAGUGAUGCUGGCUGGUAUGAACGUUGCUGCUGGUCCAAAACUUGCUGCCGCCGUUACCAAUGCUGGUGGCUUGGGUGUCAUUGGUGGCGUUGGCUACACCCCAGACAUGCUGCGCGAGCAAAUUGCAGAACUCAAGGGGUAUUUGAAGGACAAGAACGCUCCAUUCGGAGUUGAUCUUCUGCUUCCGCAAGUGGGUGGCAGUGCCAGAAAGACAAACUACGAUUAUACCAAGGGUAAACUCGAUGAGCUCGUCGACAUCAUCAUCGACUCGAAGGCCUCUCUAUUUGUGUCCGCUGUUGGUGUGCCGCCAAAGCACAUUGUUGAGAAACUACACAAAGCUGGUGUCUUAUACAUGAACAUGAUCGGGCACCCCAAGCAUGUGAAGAAAUGCCUCGAGAUCGGCGCCGAUAUGAUCUGCGCUCAGGGUGGAGAAGGAGGUGGACAUACUGGCGACGUGCCUACAACUGUCCUGAUCCCGACCGUCGUCAAGAUGUGCCAAGGUCACAAGAGUCCCCUCACUGGUAAGCCAGUGCAAGUUAUCGCUGCUGGUGGUCUUUUUAAUGGCCAGUCUUUGGCUGCCGCGCUCAUGCUCGGUGCCACAGCCGUCUGGGUCGGUACUCGCUUUGUACUCAGUGAGGAGGCAGGCGCCAGCAAGGCCCACCAAGAAGCCGUUCGCACCUCUGGCUUUGAUGACAAUGUCCGCACCAUCAUUUUCACUGGACGUCCACUGCGUGUGCGAAAGAACCCGUACAUUGAGAAGUGGGAGAACGAAAGACAGGCGGAGAUCAAAAAGCUGACAUCUGAGGGUGUCAUCCCUGUCGAACAUGAUCUCGACACGCUUGGAGAUGAUCUUGAUGAUGAGACUAUGGACAAUGCUCGACCUUUCCUGAUGGGCAAGGCUGCAGCUGUCGUUAACGAAAGGAAGUCUGCCAAGGAAAUUGUUGAUGAGAUGGUCAGCGAGGCUGUGUCAUGUAUUGGCAAGGGCAACAGCAGCAUUGUCAGCAAGAGCAAGCUUUAG